CCACGGUAUAAAUAUAGACGGAUCUGUGUCAUACCAUGUUAUUUACUAGUAUAAAGUGCCUAAUCUUAAUUAUGCCCCAUCGUGCGCCAUUAACGAGUUAGACAGGACUUUGGUCUCGUGUCUCCGUGCGCCGCGGAGGGAUUUGCUGACACAAGUGUUGACACCCUUUAUUUUAUGCUUGUAGCACUUUUUAUCAAAACAUUUGUUGUUAAUUAAUGGUUUUCUUGCGUGUGUAGGAACAAGGGAGGACAGUGCGGCAGCUGCAAUAUAGGAUCGCGCCUGGCAGUGUCCAAGGCAAGACCAUAGAAGCAACUAAAUCAUGGAGCGUGAAAAGCAUAUUACUACGCAUCAGGUUCCAUUACGUCCUCCGGCGGCUUGUGUAUCAUCGGUAAAGCUCUCAAGUUUACUGGCGUACGCAAUAGUCUUUGUGAACGCUGUGCUCUCUGUUUUUAUCGACAGUUACAUCAGAUUGCACUCUAGUUGCUUUGAAAUUCGGUCAAAUGGAGAGCUGAUCGCAUUAAAGCCUAGUAAAGUCAGUUUUGUGGCAUCGUGGAUCCUAGUUCAUAACGUGGCACUACAUGAAUUAAGCCAUGAUUUAUCAUAUUUUUCAUCAUGGUGCUAUACCAACCGGGUUUUGGGAAAACCCGUUGAAACAGCAUCUGGCAUUGGUUGCAAUGUGUCAUUAUCUUCUGGAUCGUCGGACUCCUCAUUGAGCAAAGACUCGGGGUCUCUUAAGGAUAGCCAGAAGCCUCGUAAACGCAAGUCCGUGACUUUCAAUGAGCACGUCGAAGUGCGUUUGAUAGCUAGUUCUCGUGUCAGCGAUUACCAAUUGGGUUACUUCGUCAAUCGGUACAACCUGGUGAAUCAAUUCACUCUGAUCCCAGCGAACACAUUUGUACAACGGCAAUGAAGUGCUAAACAUUGCCGGAUAUUGAGUUGACGAUACAAUGCAGUCGCUAUGUCAAGGACCACUAUUUUUAAUGUCCU